GUGCCGGGGGAAGCUGCCGUGGGCUCCGUCGUCAGCACGUUCCCGCGCGCGCCCAGGGAGUUCGCCCCAGCGUUUGCCUUCUUUUGCUCCCUUUCGUGGCGAGCCUGUCGUCCUCCUCAGGAGCCGUGUUGGGAUAACGUGGCGCCGGGUGGGUUGGCGUGUUUGGGUGUCUCGGCUUGACGCGCAAGGAUAUUCCGCGGUGUCCGAGAGGAGGAGGCAGCGUUUGGACUCGGUCGGUGGUUCGCGAUCGCCUCUUGGGAUUUCAGCUCGACAGCUUCCAGAUGAGUGACUUUGGAAUCAAGAACAUGGAUCAGGUAGCACCUGUAUGCAGCAUGUACAGAGGACUGCUCAAGCGGCAACCUGCAUUUGAUAGCUUUGAAGGUGCAAACUCUUUGUUUAUGGGAUACUUCCCCUCAUUAAAUGAAGAUCAGACAGUCCAGGAAGUGCCGACAGGCCUUGAUUCUAUUUCUUACGAAUCAAACAGCUGUGAAUUGCCUCUCUUAACUCCAUGCAGUAAGGCGGUGAUGAGUCAGGCCUUAAAAGCAACGUUCAGUGGCUUCACAAAGGAACAGCGCAGAUUGGGCAUUCCAAACAAUCCAUGGUUAUGGACACAGCAUCAGGUGUGUCAGUGGCUUCUUUGGGCUACCAAUGAAUUUAGCUUGGCAAAUGUGAACUUUGAAAGGUUUGCUAUGAAUGGCCAAGAGUUGUGCAAUCUGGGAAAGGAGCACUUCUUGGAACUGGCACCUGAUUAUGUGGGUGAUAUACUGUGGGAACACCUGGACCAGAUGCUAAAAGACAAUGAAGAGAAGCCACAGGAACAGUAUAUGGAAAAUUCCCAUCUCACUUCAUCACCACACUGGGUCAACAACAACACAUUAGGUAUUAAUAACGAGCAAGCCCAGUAUUGUGCUCAAGUACCCAGCUAUCAGAAAACUUUAAGCUAUCCCAAAACCAGCCUUCUAGGUGACUUAUGUCAGACAUCAGUUGGACCUAAUCUAGUUAACCUUAAACAAGAAUUUCAGUUUACUAAAGCACAAUUAGAAACCAUCCAUGUGAACUACUGCUCCAUGAAUCAGGAUUUCCCAAGAAACAAUUUGAAUUUGUUGCUGGAUAACUCUGGUAAGCCUAGGGAGCAUGAUUCAAGCGACAGCGGCACAGAAAGCUAUGAGAGCUCAGAUUCAUUGCUACAAUCUUGGAACAGCCAAUCCUCCUUAGUGGAUGUUCAACGUGUGCCCUCUUAUGAGAGUUUUGAAGAUGAUUGUAGCCCGUCCUUGUGUCUGAACAAACCCACAAUGUCCUUUAAAGACUACAUUCAAGAAAGGAGUGACCCUGUAGAGCAAGGGAAACCAGUUAUACCAGCAGCAAUUCUAGCAGGGUUUACAGGUAGUGGGCCUAUACAACUGUGGCAGUUCCUUCUGGAACUUCUAACUGACAAAUCUUGUCAGUCAUUCAUUAGCUGGACUGGAGAUGGAUGGGAAUUUAAGCUUGCUGAUCCAGAUGAGGUUGCACGACGAUGGGGCAGAAGGAAAAACAAGCCCAAAAUGAACUAUGAGAAGCUGAGCCGUGGUCUGCGCUACUAUUAUGACAAGAACAUUAUUCACAAGACUUCAGGGAAACGUUAUGUAUACCGUUUCGUGUGUGACCUACAGAACCUGUUGGGCUAUACGGCAGAGGAGCUUCACGCAAUGCUAGGAGUGCAACCGGACACAGAGGACUGAGCAUUGUGCUCUGGUGUAACAUUGUCAAAGAAUGCAAGAACACAUGAACUGUGAAUUGGGCCCUUCUGCACCAGUAUUGGUUUUAACCGUCUGGCUGUUUUGGAGUGGUGCACUGCUAAGGACCUUAAAGAAGUGAUUUUGUAAUCAGAGGAGGUUGAAGGAAAGAAGUGGCCUUAUUUUUCAGGCCCAAUGGCUGCAGAUCUUUCUGUAUCCAUCCUUAGAGCAGUGUUGAGUGAGGUCAACACAGUUCCCAGCUAUAACCUGAAGAUACGAAAGUGCUCCAGGGUUCAGGGUUCUGAUUAUGCACACUGCCGUAUAAUUAAGGGUGUUACCCAUACCAAAGGCUGAUAGCCAUCGGAAUUUCUGGUGCAAAAGAAGCCCUCCUGAAAUAACAACUUUGCAGAUGUUACAUGUCAUGGCAGGUGUGAUUUAAAAGAGAAAAGGCUAGCUAUCCUUUAUUGAACACAGGUGUUGAAGGUGAAUUUGCAUUGGGCAUUCUCUCAAAGUGUGUGUGUGUUGAAUCAUACACAAGUUGAGUAGCCUCAGAACCAGGUGGGGCAAAGGCAGAGGUUCCUCAGAAGGAAGUGAAAAUGAUACCAUUUCAAAGGUCGAUGUAUUUGUGUGUGUGUGUGUGUGUGUGUAAGCAUGUUCAUACAAGUGGCAAUUUAAUGCUCCUAUUUAAUAAAUAUUGUAUCUUGUAAUUUAAACUAAUGUAAAUAUCUGACAGGAAGAAAGUAAAAUGUUUCAUUUUGGAACAGCAACAGCCGUAUUUAAUCUACUGAAGCUGCACUCUUUUAAGAGAAAGUCCCAUUAAAAGUGGGACUUGACUUAGUAGACCUACAUGCAGUUGUUCUGGCAGGGAGUUUAUAAGAUAGUAUAGCACAGGCACAUGCUUUGUGCAAGGAGGUAUGCUCCGUGGCUGACACACUCUGAGCACUUCUUUCAGGUGACUUAAUAGUACAGUCCAGGGCAUACAGGCUCAAUUUGACUUUUCCUCCAACUGAAAUUGAAAAUAUAUUUAUUGAUAGAAUAUUUCUUCUAUGCAUGUUAUUUCAAAACCAGCUUAUAUAUAAUCCUUAUUUUUCUUUCAGUUCACCAUUCCCCAUCCCUUUCCUUCAUGCAUAGUGAAUUAUCCUGAUUAAAAUAUGAAUUCUAUUUUUGGAAAUAAUUCUGACUCCUAUUCAGCAGUUAGGAGAAAGAUAUGUAGCAGCUAUUUUUACUGCAAAAAAAAAAAUCACUGGAAAAAUGUACUUUGUAAGAACUUAUUUUUUAUCUGAUAUUGAUGUAAAUUUAAAUGUACAGUAUGAGGUUUAAAAAAAUCAAAUUUUAUUAAAACCUCUUGAACAAA